UGUAAAUCAAAAUUAUAAGUGAAUGAAGAUAAAAAAUUACGGUAGUAAUACUAAAAUUUUGUAUUAAUCAAUGUAGUUUACCAAAAUGAACGGAUUAAAAGCACCGUCUUUGCAAUCGUUACUAGAAUCCGAUAGAGGUUCUACAGACAGUUUAUUAGCAGAAUCGCUUCAACUUGAUAUAGAAGACUUGGAUGAUGCUGAAUACUCUAUUCCCCAAUUGGAUUCCUUGCCAACGUUGGAAAGUGUUUUGAAUGAUUUUGACGCUGAUUCAGACAUUAUAUCUGAUGGACAGUUUCCAGCACCAACACCAACUCCUUCUAUAGCAGAUGAAACCACGAGAGCUGGAUCAAUUUUGAGACAUGUAGUUUUACAAGGAAUAACAUCACAAAUUUCUUCAGCGGCUGAUCGAAUAAACGCAGGAUUAGCUACAGCUGUAGCAGUGUGCCAAAUGAUAGCUGUUGGAACUUCCCAUGGACAUAUUUUAAAUUUUGACAACACGCAAACUUUAAGAUGGGCGCAUCAAGAUCAAAAUUCCCAAGGUGCUGUUUCCGCUUUAUCUUAUAAUGAAGAUUCUUCUCGUCUUCUAGCUGGCUUCGCAAGGGGUCUAGUGAUAAUGAUAGAUACGCGAAGCGGCAACAUAUUACGAAGCCUUUUUGAUUCUAUAACCCCGAAUUCAGGAGUUCUUAAUUUAAAAUGGACUGGAAGACCUGCAUUAGCUCUUUGUUCCGAUUCUGGGGGCUCGGUAUGGUCUUUAAGUUUCACUAGAAAAUUAGGCAUUCGUGGUUAUGCAUCAAGGUGUUUGUUUAGUGGAGCAAGGGGAGAAGUUUGUUCAGUUGAACCUUUGAUUAUAGAGGAAGAAAAUAAUGACCUCAAUCAAUACUGUAUUAUAGCUUUAGCAACGCUAUCAAAAUACUUCGUUGUUACCAUAAGACCCCGUCUCAGAGUAAUAAAAUUUCAUCCUCUUACUGGUCCUUCAGGGUGUCUGCCGCUACUGGCUUGGCAAAUGGUUUUGAUACAAGCUGCAGAUUCAACUAGAAGCGUUGAUCCAGUAUUAGCAGUUGCUCGAGGAAACCAACUAUAUUUUCAUCAAAUUUUAGUUAAUAACGGACGUGUAAGUUUACUAUUUCUGCGACAUGUACAAAUGAAUUGUGAACUUUUAGCUGUACAUUGGCUUGGACCCAAAUCGGUUGCAUGUAUUGACGUUUCAGAAAUUUUGCAUUUAAUCGACGUCCGAUCAAGUAAAGAAUUAGAAAAUAUUGAUAUGGCGAAGGCAGGUUUAGUGUAUGGAUCAGCUCAGUUUAAAGGUCUUGCAACCGGAGGAAAUGUGUCUCCUGCUUUAGCUUUAGCCGGAACACACGCCUGCUACAAUUCUGUUUUAUCAAAAGGGACACAACUUUAUAUCCUUGGAGCAAGAAGUUUACACAUAAUUAGUAUACGUAAUUGGAGUGAACGGAUAACAUUUUUAGUGAACCAGCAACGUUGGGUUGAAGCUUGUGAAUUAGCUUUAGAAGGAUACAGAACUGCAGGGGACAGAAUCAGGAAAAAACAACAGGCUAAGGAUCGUGUAAUUGAAUUAUUUCAUGACUAUAUUUCAGUAUCUAACAGAGCACCGGAAUAUUGUUUAGGUCCAAUAAUUAAAUGUUUAAUAGAAAUUAAUGAAUUGGAAUUGCUCUGGCAAGAAUUAUGGGAAGGUCUAAACCAAACUAAUUUAUUUUUAACUAUCAUAACAGAACAUAUAGAAAAUGAUGAGGUAAAAAUUCUCAGUCCUAGCAUAGCACAAGCAUUAGUUGAGUUUUGGGUUAACCUAUCCCCUUCUAAACUAGAGGAAAUCAUUUUGAAAUUAAAUUGGACCUGUUUGGAUUUAAAUCAAGUUUUAAAAGCUGUAAAGCAAAAAAAAUUAUAUAAAGCGCAAAUGUAUCUGAAUGCGCAUGCUCUUGGUGAUUAUGCUGCUUCAUUAACUGAAUUAAUUCCUUUAAUAGAGAGUGAGCAUCCGAAUUUAGGCAACAGUAUACUCGUAUAUAUAUCCAGUUGUUUAGCUGGAAGAGGCUACCCUCAUGGCGAAAUACCGUCUAAUUGCGUGCAAAACGUUAAACAUGAAGUAUUAAGAUGCCUCACUUCUGCGCACUCCAUUUCUGCCGAUGAUGAUGAACUUCCUUAUCCAUAUCUAAGAGCUUUGUUAAAAUUUGACACUCGAGAAACAUUGAAUGUUAUUUCAUUGGCUUUCCAAGAAAAAGAAUUUUGCGGUGAGUUAGGUUUAUCUCAUCGUCAAAGAAUAAUAAAUAUUUUACUAGAAAUAAUGACGCCGGAAAACGCUACCUGGUCACAAAUCGGAUGUCUUCUUAAUUUUAUAAGUCAACAACUUUCUACAAACAUUUUACCAGAUGAUAGCUCAUUAUUAGAUAAGGUAGUGAAUUAUCUCUCCAGAGAUGAAAUAGAAGGAGAGACACCACGACAGCAUAUGGAGCGUGAAAAUGCUUGGUUAGAAUUAAUUUCCUGUGAUAGAUUGAGUCAUAUACCGCUAGAGAAACAACUAGAUAUGGCAAAAAGAGCUAAAUGUUAUUGUGUAGUUGAGCACUUGUUGGAAAAAGAAAAGAAAUAUGAUGAAAUACUAGAAUGCUAUAUAAACAACAGUCAAAGACAUUUUGAGAUGUUUUCUUAUAUGGAUAUACAUGCCAGAAACAUAGAAAGAAAAAUUCUACAACAGAUUGAAAAGAAUUUCACAGCUUUGCUGCGUAUUGAUUCAGAACGUUUAACAAAAAUAAUUGCAGAUAAUUUUGAAGAUAGUAUAUUUCGCCUUAUAGAAUUGCUAAAUGACGAACCGAAAUUAUUAUAUUCAUUUUUUACAAAUUUAUUGAAAAUUGGUGUUAUGCUGGAAUCCGAAAAUUGUGAAAAGUACAUAAACUUGUUGAGCAAAGAGGCGCCAAAUAAUGUUCUAGAAUUUUUAAAAUCAAAUAAUAACUAUCGAAUAGAAAAAGCUCUGGAUAUAGUAAAAAUUUAUAAUCUACAUGACAGUGUAAUUUUUUUAUAUGAAAAACUAGGAGAUUAUCACAUGGCAUUUAAUUUGACAAUGUCAUUGUUGGAAAAUCAGAUUGAAUCGCGACAAUUGGAACAUUUAAUAACAAAUUUAGGUGCUUUAUGUUUACGAGCCUCUGCUGUAUUACCAGAAGAGGAACGCGAAAAUAUGUGGUUCACAUUAUUAAAGUUUAUUUUCGCAAAUUCUAAGUUACAAACAAUAACAAAAAGUAUUUUACACGACGCUAGUCAACACGUUGAUCUACCAAAACUGGUGCAAUUGGUGUUAGAUACAUCAGAAACGCAUUCAAAUAAUUUUGGUGAUAUUAAAGAUUUGCUGAUGGGAAUGCUAACCAAUUCAAAAUACGAACAAAUAUUAGUUGAAAAUACUGCCCAAAUAUUAGGGCAAGAUUUGCAUUUGAAAUUCUGCAAAAAACGGAAAGAUGCAAAACGAGGAUUAUGGAUAGCCAUUGUCAAAUGUAUUGUAUGUCGACAACGGUUGUAUAAUCAAACAGAUAAUAUUUUCAUUUUUGGCAUAUGCGGUCAUGCAAUACAUAAAAGCUGCUUAAAAGAGGUUCAAAAUGAUGAUAACUUACACUGCCCCAGAUGUGGGUCUUCUAUUAUUAAUCAAAGUCCUAUUAUACUAGCCGAGCCCAAAUCAGAAAUAAUAAAAUCAAUAAAUUGUGAUGAAAUAGUAAAUCGAAAUAAGGGUGUGAGUGAAACAAGCGAGUUGCAUUUGAAAUCACCGCCUAGAAAUUUUUGAAAUAUCAUUAUAAUUUAAUUUAUAAAAAAUAUGUACAUUUUGAUUAUAAAACUUAUACCACAUACUUCUAAUUGUUCCUUAUUUCUGUACACAUAGAAUUAAAAAUAGUUUAAAUCAUAGAUAAUAAAAUUAUAAUUUAGUUAAAAUAUUAUACUUCAGAAAAAAUUAUUGCAUUUAGAAAAUAUUGUAAAGUGUAAAAAAAAAUGACUAUGUACCUAUUUCGAUACAGAUUUAAUACAGAUCGGAACGUUCACAAGUUGUCUUGUAUUACACAUUUUUGUAAAAUUGGUAUGACAAAAUUAAUGAUUAAAAAUUAUUGUAAAUAUAAGAACUUUUUUACUAAAAUCAUUUAAACUUAUGAUCUGUAAUAAGUUUUCCUUAUUAUUAUUACAUUCAUUAUGUUAAUUUUUGUAUGCAUUUGUGUUUAAUGAAAAAAUUAUUUUUAUUGUUAUCACUUUGACAAAAAAUUCUAUUUUUUGUAAGUAAUUACAUAUAUCUUUACAAAAUUUGCAAUGAAUU